GCAGCGCGGGCUGGAGGGAGGGAGGGAGGGCGGGCGCCGGGAGAGACCUGAACACCUUAGGACCCGACAAGGCCGAACCGAGGGGACCGCAGCAAAAAUCAGAGCUGCUGAGAUCUCUGUCGUGAACCACGUUCUCCACCUGCCCUGUGGGGUCGCGUAGGGAGCAUUUUCCAUUUGCGCCUGUUCCCUCUAUUCAUCUCCUGCAGCCCGCAGACCACCCCGGGGCCCGGUCAUCCUCGGGUGUAUCCUCGGGCUCAGGUCCAUCCUUGGCCCUCGAGGGAGCCACCGCUUUCAUCGCUGCCUCUGCAGCGCGCAUCCGAAGACGCCGGGGCGGGACCCCGGCGUGAGCAUCGGGCGCCCCCAUAGGAGUGCACGACCCCCGGAGCCGCCCUCACCACGGACCGCGCCCGCCGGGCACACAAGAAUGGUCACUCAGAUACUGGGGGCCAUGGAGUCUCAGGUGGGGGGGGGCCCGGCUGGCCCGGCCCUGCCCAACGGGCCACUCCUUGGGACAAACGGAGCCACUGAUGACAGCAAGACCAACCUCAUCGUCAACUACCUACCCCAGAACAUGACCCAGGAUGAGUUCAAGAGUCUUUUUGGCAGCAUCGGGGACAUCGAGUCCUGCAAGUUGGUUCGGGAUAAGAUCACAGGGCAAAGCCUGGGCUAUGGGUUUGUGAACUACUCGGACCCCAAUGAUGCCGACAAAGCCAUCAACACCCUCAAUGGCCUCAAAUUGCAGACAAAAACCAUCAAGGUGUCCUAUGCCCGCCCCAGUUCUGCAUCCAUCCGGGAUGCUAACUUGUAUGUCAGUGGCCUCCCCAAAACCAUGAGUCAGAAGGAGAUGGAACAGCUGUUCUCACAAUAUGGCCGAAUCAUCACUUCUAGAAUCCUCGUGGACCAGGUCACAGGUGUCUCUCGGGGUGUGGGAUUCAUCCGCUUCGACAAGAGGAUUGAAGCUGAAGAGGCCAUCAAGGGAUUGAACGGGCAGAAGCCACUGGGCGCCGCUGAACCCAUCACAGUCAAGUUUGCUAACAAUCCGAGUCAGAAGACAGGGCAGGCCUUGCUCACCCACCUGUACCAGUCCUCUGCCCGGCGCUAUGCGGGUCCCCUGCACCAUCAGACACAGCGCUUCCGGCUGGACAAUUUGCUGAACAUGGCCUAUGGUGUCAAGAGUCCCCUGUCGCUCAUCGCCAGGUUCUCCCCGAUCGCCAUCGACGGCAUGAGUGGCCUGGCGGGCGUGGGUCUGUCUGGAGGGGCGGCAGGUGCCGGCUGGUGCAUCUUUGUGUACAACCUUUCCCCGGAGGCUGAUGAGAGCGUGCUGUGGCAGCUGUUCGGGCCCUUCGGGGCGGUCACCAACGUCAAGGUCAUCCGAGAUUUCACCACCAACAAGUGCAAGGGCUUUGGCUUCGUCACCAUGACCAACUACGAUGAGGCAGCCAUGGCCAUCGCCAGCCUGAAUGGAUAUCGCCUCGGUGAACGCGUGCUGCAGGUGUCGUUCAAGACUAGCAAACAGCACAAGGCCUGAGCAUCCUUCCGAGCCCUCCCUCCCCGGGCAGCAGAGAGAGAGAGAGAGAGAGAGAGAGAGAGAGA